GCAGCUGACAAGGCGAGGCGGUUUGGGCCCCAAGACGAAAAUACCAGAGUGGCGAGGGAUAUAUAAAAAAACAAAUAAUAAAGAAGGACUCUCCACCAACUGCUCCGUGCUUUGAUUUCGUCUUCCUAUCUUCUUCUUCUAGUUCUUUUUUUAUCUCCUUCUUUCUUCUUUGCUCUAGUGAUUUUUCUCAACUUGCACCUGAAAAUAGAACGGUCUUCUGCUUGGAUCGUGUGUUCCUCCAAGUCUACUAUCGUGUGGAAGUUAGGUGUCUACUUGAGAUAUUUCGUCUACACGUCAAUAUUCUUCACUGUGUGGUGGUUUAAGAGGAAGACGUGUUUUCCUGUGGUGUAACUAUUUUUGUGUGUGGAAUUAUUUUUUAUUGCGCUUUGUUAUUUGUGAAGGUAAACAUUAGAGAAAGGUACAAAGUUCCUUAACGUUGCUUUCUAAUCAAGAGAUUCUGGAUAUUGGGCAAACAUUUUGUGUUUGGAUAAUCAAAGAUACUGGAUUACAUUGUUCAAUGUGCUUUUAAAAUAGUGGAAACCAAUAUCUGCUGAAUAUAGUGAGAGGGCACUUAGUGUAUAAAAGUGAUUGAUUGUCUCUUUAUUAAUUUUUUUAAAUUCUUAAUACAAUCAAAAAGUAAAGAAAUCUGAACCAACAUCUACGAAAGAAAUUUAAAUUGAUAUAUAUUAGAUAUUUAAAAUAUAAUAAUUAUUAUAUUUCAUGCGAAAACUACAACUAUAGUUUAAUCUGUCGCCAUAUUAUAAAGAAUAAAUUCUUGGAAAUAUUUUCCUUAGAAUAUAUUUACAGAAGAUAAUUCUUGAAGAUAUUUAUCUCGUAAUUCUUAUUUUGAGUUCAAAUAAAAUUCCCCUAUAAAGUCAAUUUUUAUUUCGCAAUUUUCUAAGAUAUUAUAUGCGUUGCUAUAUUUUGAUUGAAGAAAAUACUUCAAGUAAUUAAAAAGGAGGGGGAAUUGAAGCAGCAUAUAAAAAGCAACUAAAAUCAAUAUUAAAAAUUGCUUCGAAAUAUCUAACAAAUGAGUCUAAAAUUCGCUGAUGUUUUUCUUAUAAUUCUAUAUCCUUUGCAAAUACUUUUAUUAAGCACAUUUAUUUCUAAUAAAUUAAUGUAUAUUUUUGACAGUUGUAAAAUGAUCCAUCUCGAAGAGUGUUAACAUUUCCUUAAACUUAAAUAAAUGUAUAAUUAUUAUUAAUAUUUUUAUACAUUUUAGAUUAUAUAUUUUUCCUUUCAUACUUCAAUUUUUUUUUUCAAAGCAGCUUACUUUGAUAAUGCUGGAAAAAUUUUUAAAUUCAUAUUUAAAUUAUUUAAAAGACCAAUAAUUACUAAAUAUAAUUUAAAACAUAUCAAACAAAAAAAAGAACAUCAAUAAAUCAACUGCGGGACUUGGAAACGGUUUUAUUGACGACUUGUAAACAUUACGCAACGGUUACUCUUUCAUUGUUUCACUGUUGAUUUUAGAAGAUUCGCUCGUGGAAGACAUAAAUAAGGUUACACCCACAACAGUUUUCUCCAAAGGGUUGACUACAUCCCUUAAAAGAAGAUUUUUUUGGAACAGUUUUCCUGAAGAAUGGUGAGCAGCUUAUUAAAGUUUGAGUCUUGCCAGUCUUGAUAUUUAUGACAGAAGAUUUCAGGGGAAAAUUACACUGUUAUAAAACUUAAAGAUGGAACCCAAGAACCACCGGCAUAAGCCCCAAGCAUCAGCAAGCCUGCGACCUUCCAUAUCAAACAGUGAACAUAGUUUAAUAGCUACUUCGGACGUAUCCCUUAAGCACUUGACAGCACCUGCACUCAAUGGGAUAUUACAGGAUCACAAUACUGUCAACUUUAAACUGAUUAAGACAGUCGCCGACUUCACGCAGCAGUUGUCUUCUAUACACGAGCAGCAUGCGGAAGAGUUGCAGAUGCUUGUGGAAACCUUCCGAAAACGGAAUGCCGAGCUUCGACGGGAAAGACCUCCAUACCAGAGUACUUUGUUUACAAGUUGGGAAGUACUUCUACAGGAAGUUGAAGUUGAUUCUCAGGUCCACGGCGACAUCGCGAGGAGCCUCGGUCGCCAAGUGGGAAUGAUGCUCCUGGAGAAAACCUUCCACAGAAAAAUCCAGUCCAGGAAGAUCUUCCUGCACCGGGAGAGCUUCGAAACCAUCCUCAGCAAGGCGGAGGAACUACUGAACAAAUGUCAUCAAGACUAUACAGAAGCUUACAAUAAUCUCCUCCAGCACAGGAGCCAUACAAAACUCGCGGAGUAUUACGAUAUGCACAACGCUUAUGUACAGCAGUUGCACGCAGCCAAUGGAAUGCUGGAGCACUACAACAAGGAGACACUGCCCAGAUUGCUGGAGGAACUGGAGGAUGUAUACACUGAUUUAAGUGACACUAUAUCAGGAGCUAUUUAUUCUGCUGCUGACAUGCUGGUCAAUAAGUCUCGGGAGCAAGCAAACCACUACGAAAAUAUCGCAUCUGCUGCACAAGCUGUCAAGACUCGAAGUGAUUUAACCAACUUCAUUCGCUCUUUGCAAGUCGAGAAACUCUCUCAACCCUGUACAAAACACAUGUAUAAUCCGCCUUACAUGGAGAAUGAUCCUGCACAAAUGGAGCCCGGAAUGAUGCUGAGAGACGAACUUGUCAUCGAUAGAUUAUCGCAGCUACCAAACCGAUCACAAACUCUCAAGCAGGAUGUAAAUGUGCUGGAAGCUCAGAUCAAGCAGUUGCAAGAGGCCGUAGAAUCUAUGGAGAGACUUCAAAAAAGGAGCUUGGAAUCUUGUUUGUUUAACAAAGCAAACGAACUGCAAGAAGAUGUUAGUUUGAAAAAAUUUGAUCUUCAAGUAGCUCACAUUCACCUGGCAGCAGUGAGAGCUCAGCUCGAUUUGUUUGCAUCGAGUAAAGGUGAGCAUCUGUUGGAAGGGAAUCACUUGAAAGAGAGAAAGCAAUCUACCUCGAGUACGAGCAGUGGAAGCGCUAAAAACAAGUGGUUAAAGGCCUUCCUUAAUCUUAAGACGGCGAGCAACACAAGUCUGGCAGACAAGAACGACAAUGACAAAAAGAGCGCCAAAAGUGGUUCACGUCCUCUUUCUGCUGCUCCUGGUACUCUAGAAAUCGCUCACGUCUUUCAGGAGUACACUUAUAAAAAAAUAACUGCGUGCGAUCUCUGCAAAGAAAUACUCAGAGGACAUUCAAGGCAAGGAGUGAGAUGCAAGCUUUGUAAAAUGAAUGUCCACGCAGAGUGCCAAGAAAAAGUGAAAGCAGCUUGUCAGCCAAAACCGAGAUUGCUGAGACGGCAGAAAUCCACCUCGGAGAUUGAAACCAAAAUAGCAGUUCCCGAACCGGAAGAAGAAAAAACCAAUCAGCAAGGAGGAGUCGAUCCAAUCUACCAGCUCUUGAAGCAGGCAGGAGACUUAGGGGGUGGCCCUAAAAAAGAACGCGGGGACAAAGACUAUUCUCUCUGUGCCUCUCCAAGAGACCAGGGUAGCAACAGUUCCAGCCUUACGUCCCUGCAGCAGCAACGCUGGACAAGGUCCAACGCCUCUUCUUCUGCUUCUUCGUCCUCCUCGUACCUCCUCACCGUGUCCAGCACUCAGGGCGACCACGCUUCCACGUCAGCCCCUCACAGUCCUCAGCGGAAGCGUCUGUCUUUGCGCAUGAAGAGCUUCUCUUUGGACAGUCCAGAGUCCAGCGAGCACGUGCACAGAAGGCAGCAUCAUCAGCUGGGCCAGUCAAGCACUCCGCACAGCAGCUCUCACAACCAAUCUCCACAGAGUCCUGUUUAUGGAAGUAGGAGACAUCUACUGACUGCCAAAAAUGUUCGCAUGAGCUCCGUAGAUUUACCGGAUGAUAAUGAAAAGUCACUCAGUUCUGCAUCUACAUCACCAUGCCCUUCACCGAAGCCUCACCGCCUUCUACCGACCAAUCUGUACGUUGUGCUGUACAAUUUUCGAAGUCGCCACCCAGACGAAAUUGACCUCAAAGCUGGAUGCAUAAUCACCGUCACAGAUACAAGCGAUGCUGAUUGGUGGCAGGGCAAAUGUAUGGGAAAGAUAGGCUACUUCCCAUCAAAAUAUGUGACGAAACUGCACCCAGGAGAGCAGCCUUUGCAGGUUACCCAUUCAGUACUCGUAAACGAUGGUGAAAGUGGAUUGAAACUUCUAAACGAACAAGACCAGCCAAGUGGGAUAUAGAAUAACCAGAUUGUCAUUCAAGUAGGUGAAGAAAAAGAUGGCAUCGUUAUCAUCAGAACUGGUGCUAAUGACAAGACAUACCCAUGUCCAAUAAAAUAUCUUAAAGAAGUAUGAAACAUAAGUUAUUAUGAAGGAUACAUUUCCACGUCUACCUUCCUUGCUAAAAUGUUAGCACAUCCACUGAGAAAGCAUCACUACCUAUAUUGCUAUAUGAAGAUAUAUGAAAUAUCUAUUUUCAUUAUCUGUAUAUUCUAUGCAACAUUACCUGUCCUUUGUAAGCAAUUUCGAGCUUAUAUUACUAGAGAAUUUUUUUCCCCAAAGUACUUAAUUAUAGAAAAUUAAAGAGGGCAUGACAUUUGUACAAAUUUCUUGUUGUAAAAUAUAAAAUUAUAUAAAUUUAUUCAUCUUGUCUUUUAUGACUUUUAUAUAUUAAAAUGUAUAAAAAAAUCUAUCAAUAUAUUACCUGUUUAUAUUGCAUAUAUUUAAAAACAGAAUAUAUAUUCAAAAUGUGAUUAAAUGUAUUAAUAAUUUAAAAAUUUAGGCAAAUUUAAGAGAUCAGAGAGCUUCUUUAGCAAGAAAUGAGAUAUCGGAUUUUAUUGUGGUUAACAGGUAAAAAGAAUUAUGCUUAUCUACUAACAAAUAAAUUAAACAAGUUAAUGAACACAAGUGAAUCAUAGGAUAAAUAUUUUUUUUAAGCAUAAAAAUUAUUAUUUAAAUUCUCGUUCUGUAAAAUAGAUUAAAAUUUAGCUUUAAUCCAAAGAUUUAGAGUAAAAUAUCACAAUACUGAUAUUUUUCCAUUAGUACAACAGCAGCUGUUGUCAAGAAUAAAAUUUUGGUGUGAAUUGAUCAUUUUCUAUUGAUGCUCAAUUCAGUCUCCACAUGUGAACUAAUCUGCCAAUGACAAAAAAAAAAAAAAACCUUACCCAACGAGUCUGCUAAGAAAUGCAAGUUUCACGAUAUAAAGUUUCAGCAUUUAGCCUAUAUUUAGGCAUUAAAAACGAACUAAUUUUACAUCCUAUUUUUAGUACAAAAAGAAAUAUUUCCAUUCUAUACGAUAGCAAAAUUGGUCCAACCUUUUAUUAGAAAUAAAGGAAUUGUAUUUAUAAAAAUAAGGGAACAUGUCAUUUAUAUAUAGUGUAAUAAAUUAAUCUCUAGUAAUAUAACCUCUUUUGAUUCAUAUUGGUUCAUAUCAACAUCAUAAAUGUACAGGCACUUAGUGUGUAGCAAUUAUAUUCAGUGAUGGUCAAAGUUAUGUAGUGUUGUGUUUUACUAUCAGCAUUUUUUCACACAAAAAUUAUUUAAAUCUAUUUGAAAUAUGUACACUGAAAACCUUAUAUAUUGUUGGCAAAUUGAUGUCUGAAUAGUGUGUGUAGAACCUGUAAAUGUUGAAUUAAAUGUUAAAUUUCUGUAUCCUAUUAAAAUGUAUGAUAACAUGAAUUAAACUUCCGGAAACAUAUUUUUGAAAAAUACUAACCAAGUAUAAUCAUAUGUGCUUUUAAUCAUAAAAGUGUAAGGUAGGUAUUGAAUGAGAAUAAAAUGGAGAAAGUAAUUUGUACAGUAUUUUAUAAAAAAUAUUUCUUCUAACAAGAAAAUUACUGAAAGAAUUUAUCUGUAUAAUAGUUUAUUUAUAAAUAUAUAUAUAAAUUAUAUUAGAAAAUUAUGAUAUUUCAUUUUACAUUUGCAUUGCAAAUUUAAUCUCAUUAAAGAAAAGCUUGCAAAAUUUAUAAAAGCAGUCUUGAAAAUUGAAAUAAACUUUUAUUUAAAAAAAUUUAGAUUCAUAUAUAUAUAAUAUGCAAUUUUUAUAGUUGUUUGUACAGAUAUUAUAAAUUAUGAACUUAUAAUCUUUGUAUAGAUAAAGUUAUUAAUAAGGAUUUUGUAAUAAUGAUUUAUCUUAAAGAAUACAAAUUGUGAGGAAGCACUUCUUAGUCUAAUUGUUUCCAAGAAUUUUUUAAUAUAAGAAAUCGCAUCUAAAAUCUUAGCAGCAAUUAUUUAGCUCUUUUUUGGUUGCUAGUAAUUGUUGAAGGAAAUUGAAACACAUAAAUCAUUUAAAAUUAUGACUUCUAGACUUUUUCCUUCAUAAAGUUUUGGAUUAUGUUUAGUUCAAAUUAUUAAUUUUAUAAAAUUAGUUUCAGAUAUUUAGAUAGAUAACGUAAACUUGAAUAUUAGUACAUUUAAAUAGGUAAUUAGAGUUUCUGUAUUUUAACACCAGAAUUUUAAAUUGUAAAAAUUCAAAAAACUCUAAAAUGUUAACUUUUAUCAUAAAUAUAUAACUGUUUGUCCCUUUUAAAAAUAUCUCUUAAUAAAAAUUAUAGCAAAGAAAUCUUAAGAAUAAAGCACUUAAUUUAUUAUUAUCCACUUAGAAAUAAAAAUUCUCUAAAUGAUUACAUUAAAAAUAAAUAGUCAAUGACUAUCAUCUGCAGAAAAAGUAAUGCUACAAAUCUCUAAAGCAGUUUUAUGCAGUGCAAAACUAUUUUACAUUGAUCUAUAUCUUUUAUAAUUCGUUACCUGAAAGGUAUCAUUAACUGAGUGCCUACUAACAUAAGUAAGCUAGUUAACAACAAACAAAAUAGUUAGGUUAUCUUAGAUUAGAAUGACUUAAAUUAGAUACAAUCUUAAAUACUUAUACAUGUGAUUUAGAAUAUGGGAUCAUUCAGCCUUAAAGAUAUUUAGACUGAGUUUUAUACGACAAUAACAACAACAACAAAAAAAACGUUGUAUUUUCAUAAACUAAAAGGUAGAUUGAAGUAUGGAAGUCUUGCUGUAGGUGCAAAUAAGUAACUUGAAAUGCUGAUUGUAUGCCAGCAAAUGUACGUUCAGAUUAUUAACAAUAGACUACUUAAAAUACAACGAAAACUUUAGUAUGGAACAUUAUUUUGUAAAAGAAAAAUAGAUAAAAGUAUUAUUUUUCCCUUUGCUUAACUUUUAAAGUCGUCCUAGGAAGAAUAUUUUUCUGAACUAUAGAUUUUUGAUUCUUGAUUCAGAGAAAGCUCUAUUUAAUCGGUAAUGAAAGGUAAAAUCAAGUUUUUCACUCACUUUUAAAAUGAAAAAUAGAAUUAUUAAUAGAGUUUUGAAAGAAAUAAUCAAUGGUGGCUCAUCAACUAUGAACUCUGCAGAGAGGAAAAAGAUAAUUAGUAAAUGGACAAUAUUCUAAAUUCUAUUAUGCCUAUAUUCUUACAUUCAAUGUCAUUUGUAAAAAUUUUUUAUGUUCCAGCAUUACCUUUGGUUAUUAAGUGUUAAAUGAGCAAAAUUUGUAUGCAAAUAGAGUUGGUCAAGAAUCUUAUUUCAAAAUAUGUUUAUUUUCCUAUCUGAAAUUUUAUUUAUAACAAAUGAAAUAAAGAAAAGAAAGAAUCAAAAGAGAUUUGGAAUAUUACUAGCUUAGGAUUUUUCAGUCUAAAUAAGACAUCAUCAAAAGAAAGAAUUUAUCCACCCAUUUAUUCAGAAUUUUGAGAAAAUAGCGAGUGAUUUUGAACACAAGUUUGAAAUGCAAAAAGACACAGCUCAAAGCAAUUACUAGAAUUCAGCUGUCAUUUCACAGAAUAAUAAAUUUUCAAGACCAAAUUAUGGCUACAGACUAUGAUUAAUAAAUACUUUUUAUCAGAAAUAGUAUAAUAUGAUUCAAAUCUCAGUAACAAAAAAAUCGAGAAAAGUUAUAAAAAAAAACCAUAUAACAAACAAAAUAAAAACAAGCAGUACUGCAGAGAUAAAGAGUGAGCCACUAUUGAGAAUAGUGAAUAGCUUGAAUUCUAAAAGCACUAAAAUUUAUAUCGUUUAAUUUAUUUUAAAAAGUAAAAGUUUAUUUUAAAUGAAAUAUUGCAUGAAAUCUUGAUUUGGUUCCACUAAAAGCAAUGUGCUUUUUAAAAUUUUAAUGAAAAAUCUACACCAACCAAAAUUUUAAGCAAACGUUAUUCCAAUGCUAUACUAUUUCCAAAAAAAUGAUAUAGUAAACUAACAAGUUCUAAUGAGAAUUAAAUCUCCAUAGUAAAAAGUAUCAAACAUUUCACUAGGAAUUUGAAAAAUAUUUCUGGCUUACAAACUUUUAUAUAAAAAAUACCCCUUAGAAUGUUGGAUUUAAGAAGCUUUUAAAUUCCAUUUUCCUUGAAAUGAAAAACCAACAAAAUGCAAUAUUUUUUAAAUAUCAAGUAUUAUAAACUCAAAAUUUUUAAUUAUUAGUUCAACUUGACAUUCAGUACUAUUUCAAAAACAAACUAUUUAAAAAUAAUUUUUUUAAAAAUAUUCUAAUUUAGAUUUCAUAAGAAAAAACACUAAAAAAAUUGAAACAGAAUUUUAAAACAAUAAUUAAAUUAAUUUUUUUAUUACUUUAGCAUUAAGCUGUGCAAAGAUGAAUCAAUCUGAUCAAAAUCUCUCUUGUGAAAUCAUGUUCUCUUGAUGAAAUCUUUUGUAAAGAAAAAUAUAUGCAUUUAUACAUAAGCUUUUCUGUGUGUCUAAUAUUAUCUGAAAUUACAUGAUUUUAUUUCAGAACAAGAUAUCUUAAUUCAUUAUUGCCACAUAACCUAAAUAUAAGACAUUACGCUUGGUAUUAUUCUAAAUAUCUCACUGUAUAUAGGUGUAGCAACUGUAGAAGAUGUAUAAGUGUUGUGAGCCCAGCUAUCAUUGUUGUAAUCUAUUUCAUUCACUUGCUGAAUGUUACAAAGGAAGUGAGAAUUUGGAUUUCAUGAGAAUGGUUUCUAAAGAAACCUUAUAUACAGGACAAUCACUUACUAAUUUAUUAUAUUCCAUUAUGCUUUGUAAAAUUACUGUAUUGUCUGUAUAACAUAUGUAUGGAAAUUUGAAAGUCAAUGAGUAGACAGAAAAGUGAUUUCAGUGUUCUAAUAAAACUUGAAAAAUAUA